AUGGAGGAUGUAGACGAGUGUUUGACAGCAAAUGGCGACUGUGACCAGACUUGUGCCAACACCAUCGGGAGUUACAACUGUUCCUGUGUCAACGGCUACCUCCUGAACUCUGACCUCCACACCUGUGGUGAUGUGGAUGAAUGUGCGACCGACAACGGUGGCUGCAACCAAACCUGCGUCAACAAUAUGGGAAGUUUCAGCUGUAAUUGUGGCAUUGGUUAUCUCCUGAACACUGAUGGUGCUGGCUGUGACGAUGUUAAUGAGUGUGACACUGCAAACGGCGGCUGUGACCACGUCUGCACCAACUCUAUCGGGAGUUUCUCCUGUUCCUGUGGACACGGGUACAUCCUGAACAUGGACGGUUUUGUUUGUGACGGUACGGCCUGUCCAUUUUAUUUAAACGUUGAUGAGUGUGCAACUGCCAACGGAGGCUGUGAACAAAUCUGCACCAACUUCCCCAGCAGUUUCAACUGUUCCUGUCAGGUCGGGUAUGUUUUGGACGCUGACAACGCUGCCUGCAAUGAUGUGAACGAGUGUUGGAGCAGGAAUGGUGGCUGUUUGCACAACUGCCACAACACCGUGGGGAGUUUCUCCUGUUCCUGUCUGACGGGGUAUCUAGAUAAUGCUGACGGCUUUACAUGUGACGAUAUCAAUGAGUGCUCUUCACAAAAUGGUGGCUGUGAGGACUUCUGUACCAACACUGCUGGCACAUACAGCUGUUCCUGUUCGGAUGGAUAUGCUCUGACUGAGAAUGCACACAACUGCACAGACGUGGAUGAGUGUACAGAGUCCCCUCACAUCUGUGGUGACCAUGCCGUGUGCACCAACUCUAUCGGAGUCUUCGAGUGCACAUGUGACCAGGGUUACGCUAUGAACGAAGAGGGAUGCCAAGACAUAGACGAGUGUGCUGCAGAAGAGUCCCCUUGUGAUCCGAAUGCGUACUGCCAGAACACCAUAGGCUUCUUCGUCUGCAUCUGUGGUGAUGGUUACAUGGGGAACGGGACUUCUUGUGAAGAAAGAGAAACUACGACAGCAGCCACAGUGACCACAAUAUCACCAACAACCGAGACAACAGAAGCUGAAACAACCCGUCCCAUCAUUCUACCCGCUAGUACCACUGCUGAAUCAACCUUCCAGCCCGUGGAAGAGAUCACAACAGCCGAGGACAUCUUCCAUGAGCUUGGCACCCACGCAGCGACAACUAAGGGCUUUACACUUGGCGGUAUAGUCUAA